ACCUGCAGGUGGGUAUAUAUACUGGGUGUGGCCGCCGCUACCGCAUAUUCUCCUCCAUCAUCAUCAUCAUGGCAGCCUUCUGGUGGUCAGCUGUGUGUGUCUGUCUGUUGGUAGCUGCAGGUGUGUUGGCCGACGAAAGGCUUGAAGUAGAUUGGGCCAUGAACUGGGGGAGUUGGCAUGAAAAAGAGCAGUGCCCCGCUGGAUCCUUUGUUUAUGCCUUCGACAUCAAGGUAGAUUCAGAGGGCGUCAUCGACGAGACGUCCAUGAACGGCAUCAAUUUGUACUGCAGCAACCCCAGUGAUGCCAAUUACUAUUAUGGCGACAACUUACCUGAAGCAGAUGCUCCGGAUUAUAUUAUCAGCUCCUUCGUCGACCAGUGGGGGAUAUGGCGGGGUAAGCGGGAGUGCUACAAGGGUUUCCUGACGGGCUUCAGGAUGAGGAGCGAGUCUGACCAGGGAGCCUUCGGGGACGACACAACCGCCAAUGACCUGGAGAUGCAGUGUAAUUAUGGUAAUGAGACCUUGAUUGGCGGCGGUAACCACAGGGGAAAUUGGAGCAACUAUGCUAAUUGUCCUUAUGGAAUGGCAAUAUAUGCCAUCCAGACCCGUGUCCAAGAGUUCUCCUCAACAGACAACACAGCGCUGAACAACGUGCAUAUGUUCUGUCGUCAGGUAUAAGUUUCCUCUCAACCGUGUCCUAGUGGCUACAGACACACUCGGGAGCUUCAGCAACGAGUCUAUGCCAUGAUCAGACAAAAAAAAAUUUGCCUUUUUGCAAGAAACGUGAAUUAAAUAUUUGAAGCUUCUUAA